UCCUCUCAUUCAGUCAGUGCCCCGAAAACACGCACACACAUUAUAGAAGAGGAACUUGCUAAAACCCUCUCGUCUCCAACGGCUGGUCUCCGAACUCCAAUUGGAUCUGUUCGGUGGAAAAAAGCUCUUUGGUUUAGGGUUCUGCACAUCUUUGACUCCAACUCUGCGUAACAAGUAAAAACAUCGAAUUCUGCAGCCAUGGCAAGCACCAAAGUUCAAAGGAUAAUGACCCAACCCAUCAACCUGAUUUUCAGGUUCCUUCAGAGUAAAGCUCGCAUUCAGAUAUGGCUUUUUGAGCAGCGAGACCUGCGGAUUGAGGGCCGAAUCAUUGGCUUUGAUGAGUACAUGAAUUUGGUUCUGGAUGAUGCUGAAGAAGUCCACAUCAAGAAGAAGAGCAGAAAAACUUUAGGGCGGAUUCUUCUUAAGGGAGACAACAUAACUCUGAUGAUGAGCACGGGAAAAUGACGAUGAUUCCAGCAAUUAUGUAUAUUGGCGUUGUGUUGCCUUUUGAAUUUAUAUGGAGGUCAAUCAUCUUUUAUUUUACUGUAAUGUCAGAUAGGUAUGGACAUCAUGAUUAUGGUUAGUCAACUUAUGAGAAUUUUAGGCAGAUGCACGAUGAGUAUACUUUUUAGUCAGUACUGACAAGUUACUUGCCAAGAAAUAUUAAUUUUGAAGACCA